AUGCAAACGGUUUAUCACAAUGCAUACCAUAAUGAUCCUUAUUCUAAGGAGUUAGGUAUCAAAAUUAGUGAGAAGCUUACUUCAGUUGAAGCUCGCUUUCUACCUCCCUAUGGAUAUCCUGGUUGUAAGUCUCUAUGGGCGGUUGUUGUUACCUUGGUAGCGCUUAAAGCUUUCGAAUUGGUAUAUGAGAAAAUACCUGCUACUCUUACAACAGACUCUACUAUAGCUGCAUUAAUGAAAGAAGUUAAAGUGAAUGUUGUCAUUAUUGGAGCAGAUUGUGACACAGCUAACAAGAUUGGAACCUAUAACCUUGUCGUGUGCUUAAUGCAUCAUAGCAUUCCAUUAUAUGUUGCUGCGCCACUUACCUCCAUUGAUUCAUCCUUUUCUUUAGUAAAAGAAAUCAUUAUAGAGGAAAGAUCCCCUAAGGAAUUGUUGAACUCACGUGGAGGACUUGGGGAACAAGUUGCUGCAUCUAGAAUUUUCGUAUGGAAUCCAACUUUUGAUGUGACCCCUGCAAGCUUGAUAAGCGGUAUCAUAACAGAAAAGGGUGUCAUCACGAAGAUGGGCACUGAUGAUUUUAACACAGAAGAUUUCAUAUAG